AUGAACACUAGCAAAGGAGCCAGUGACGUCUUGAAGCGUACGUCGGACUUUUUACGUAGUGGCCUUGUGAAAGAGCAACCUGCAUGGUACAAGCCGGUUGCGUACCACCCUCCUAAACAGGCUCAACACAAGAUUAUCAGACCUGAAAAAUUCUCCAAACUGAAGAAACUUUCGGUACCAUCCAGAAGCGGAAACUUGUACAAGACCAGAUUGACACCCUAUGAUUUGAAAUUGGACCUUCUCAAACCCCAGAAUUUAAAAUUCCUGGAAGACAAAAUAAGAAACGUAUUUUACCAGCAACACCCUUGGGAACUCGCAGAUCCGAAAUCUUUGAUCGAAAACGAGCACAUCAUCGAUAACAAGAAUCAAAAUUGGUCUCAUAUGAGACAACUCACUAAGAAACUGGAUGGAGAGAGUGUUGUUCAACGUACGCUGUAUCUCAUGCAAAACGAGAAGCUCAAUUUAGUGCAGGCUUACGAAAAAGCCAAGUACGAAUACUACAGGCUCAAAAUCGAGGAGGAGACAGAGAUGAAUGUUACAAGAGAAGAACAUGAGAUGUUUGGUGCUGUAUAUGACAAGACUAUUGUUGAGCAAGGCUUCGAUAAGGAAACCGAAGUGAUCAAGAAAUGGAAAGUUCGCGCACUCGAGGAGACCCAAGUUUUGGAAGCCAGGUUGAGCAAUAUGUCAUCCGAUCUUGGUGGAGAAGAAGACCUCCAAGCUCCAGACGAAGAUACUUUAUUCAAUGAUUUGGAGGAUGCUGAAAUCGGAGAGCCUACCCAAUAA